UUUCAGGUGGUGGGAUUGGCAGCAAAACAAAGUAGAAUAAGAAAUAUUUCAAAUACAGUAAUGAAAGUAAAACAGAUCCUUGGCAGAAGCCAGAAAUGCGGUCCUUGGACCUGGCAUCUCAACAAUUAGCUCUGAGAGGGAAGAAUCGGCUGGCUCCUGGAAAUGUACUGAGAGUACACAGAGCUUCCCCACACCUUCAAAUUUGCACCCUGCUGCCAGGAGCUUGCUUCAAUAGCCUUCCUUCCUUCCCAACCCACUAUGGCCACUUCCAAUAGCAGUGCGGGCAUCCGGUGGUCCAGACAGGAGACACGAACUCUUCUCUCCAUACUAGGCGAGGCAGAGUAUAUUCAACGCCUCCAGACUGUGCAUCAUAAUGCAGAUGUCUAUCAGGCUGUGUCUAAGCGAAUGCAGCAGGAAGGCUUCCGCCGCACCGAACGUCAGUGCCGCUCCAAGUUUAAAGUUCUGAAGGCAUUAUAUUUAAAGGCCUAUGUUGCCCAUGCCACAAGUAUGGGUGAUCCACCUCACUGUCCAUUUUAUGAUACGUUGGAUCAGCUUCUCCGAAAUCAGAUAGUGACUGACCCAGACAACUUAAUGGAGGCUGCUGCUUGGGCCAAGCACUGUGAUCAGAACUUAGUUGCCUCUGACAUCCCAGGGGAAGAGGGAACCAGCAUUCUGAAAGCAAAAAGGAAUCAGACAGCUGAUCGUCAGACUAUCUUGAAAACAGUUAAGGAAUCAGAUGAGGAUUGUCAGCUGAGAAUCAGUGACCGGAUGCAAGAAUCCAGUGACCUCGAGGACUCCUGGGCUGAAUCCUCGGGUGCAGGGUGCUCUCAAGGGACCCCCAGCUACAGCAGCUCCCACAACCUUUUCAGAGGUGCAGCUGCUCUCUGUCAGAGCAGCCCUAUGACCAGACGGGGUAUGUCGGGUGAACCCAGUCCCUGCACCAGCACCAGCCGAAACACUCCUUGUGUAGCCUCCACACCGCGGCCUCCAGUCUCCUCUUCCAGAGUUGGUUUUGUCUCUGGCGAGGAUAGGCCUUUGACCAGUGAGCCCCCUCCAAAGUGGGCAAGGCGAAGAAGGCGGUCAGUUGCCAGAACUAUUGCAGCUGAGUUGGCAGAAAACAGGAGAUUGGCACGAGAACUUUCAAAGCGUGAGGAAGAAAAACUGGACAGGUUGAUUGCUAUUGGUGAGGAGGCCAGUGCCCAGCAAGACGCUGCCAAUGAGCUGCGCAGGGAUGCUGUCAUCGCAGUCAGACGCCUGGCGACAGCAGUGGAAGAGGCAACUGGUGCUUUUCAGCUAGGGCUCGAAAAAUUGCUUCAAAGGUUGAUUUCAAAUACCAAAAGCUAGGAACUGGUUUCAAAAGGAUAUAUUUCCUAAACGGUAG